AUGAACACUAGCAAACUUCGCAAAGCUGCUCGUAUGAUACUGGUCGGCGCGCCAGGAGUGGGGAAAGGGACACAGGCCGACCGACUACUUCAGCGAUACCCUCAACUGUCUACCAUCAGUUCCGGGGAUUUGCUUCGUGAUAAUGUCAAGAACCAGACUCCUCUAGGAAUCAAAGCCGAACACACAAUGAGAACCGGCUCCCUCGUCCCAGACGCCAUGAUCCUCCGUCUCAUCCAGCACGAGCUCACCACCCGCGGCUGGCUCACCCUACCAGGCGGCAUGCAGCCCUUAACCCUCGCUUCCUCCGCUGCCUCCGCAUCAGAAUCCGACUUCGACAUCGACAGUUUUGUGUCGCCCUCCGAGCUUGCAAGCCUCACUUCACCCGCUCUUACGUCCGACGACCCCUCCGCGUCAUUCAUCCUCGACGGCUUCCCGCGCACCGCAACUCAAGCCACAUCCCUCGACGCCUUGGUCCCCAUAAACCUCGUCGUAUCCCUCAAAACGCCCUUCUCCAUAAUCCUCGAGCGCAUUUCUGGCCGCUGGGUCCAUCCCCCCUCUGGACGCGUGUAUAACACUACCUUCAACAAGCCGAAGGUAGAGGGGAAAGACGAUAUAACCGGAGAGAGAUUAGUCAAGAGGUCGGACGACGACGAGGCGACAUGGGAGAAGAGAUUGCGGAAGUUCGAGGAGACGAGCGAGCCGCUGCUGGAGCAUUACGCGAAGAAAGGAGUAUUGUGGGAAGUCGAGGGAAACAGUAGCGACGAGAUCAGUCCGAAGCUUUUCGGAGAGUUUGAGAAGAGGUUUGUAGACGGUAUUCAAUAA